CCUGCGGGGCUCCAAGCGUAGCGGCCCAGCCGGCGGCUACUCUGAUCCUCCUGGUCCCCGAGGGAAGCGCCGUGGAGUCCCCGGCGUGCAGGGUCGUGAGCCGGCGGCCAUUCCCGAGGAGGCGGCUCGGGUGAGCAGACGUCUCACACUUCGCGGGAGACGCGGACAUGCGUUUGGCAGGGCCCCUGCGCAUCAUUGUUUUGCUAGUCACUGUGGGCCUUACCUGGAUCCUCAUUAGCUCCCUGCUGGGCGCGCCCGGACCGGCCCUCCCUCGCCUGCAGCAGCUCUUCAGCAACCCAGAGAAGUCAGCCACAGCAGAGCCCCGGGUCCGGAAGUACAAGUGUGGUCUCCCCGAGCCAUGUCCUGAGGAGCACCUUGCUUUCCGCAUGGUCAGUGGUGCUGCCAAUGUCAUUGGACCCAAGAUAUGCCUCGAGGACAAGAUGCUCAUGAGCAGCGUCAAGGACAAUGUGGGCCGUGGACUGAACAUUGCCCUGGUGAAUGGUGAGUCCCCAAGUGCUCAGUCUAGAAUGGGGCAUCCAGGGAAGGGGGUCAGCGGUGAGCUCAUCGAGGCCCGAGCCUUCGACAUGUGGGCCGGAGAUGUCAAUGACCUACUCAAGUUCAUCCGACCGCUGCAUGAAGGUACCCUGGUGUUCGUGGCCUCCUAUGAUGACCCGGCCACCAAGAUGAAUGAUGAGACCAGGAAGCUCUUCAGCGAGCUGGGUAGCAGGAACGUCAGGGACCUGGCCUUCCGGGACAGCUGGGUGUUUGUGGGGGCCAAGGGCGUGCACAAGAAGAGUCCUUUUGAGCAGCAUGUGAAGAACAGCAAGCGCAGCAACAAGUAUGAGGGCUGGCCCGAGGCACUGGACAUGGAAGGCUGCAUCCCCAGGAGGAGCCGGGCCCACUAGGUCCUGCAGAGAGCGUGGAACAUCGUGUGAGGCAGGGCUGGGGUGCUGCCUGGCCAGUGUAGGCAGCAGGUCUACAGAGCGGGUCUGCAGAGCGGCAAGAAGCAGUGGCUAUUGAUUUCUUGGUGGCUCCCUAAUAAAUCAGUGGUCUGAGUG